CGUUUAGAAGGGGAGGAAGCUGAACAAUGAUCACUGGAUACUCUUAAGGAUAGGUGGAAAGUAGGUAAUAAGAACAUAAACACUCAUCAUUUUUAUUUUUGAUGAGAAACGGGUUUUAGCUGUGAUAAAUUUUGGGUUACUAAACAUGUUAAGUACUGCUUAGUAAUUUGUUAGAAUUCAUUUGUCAAGUGGGCAGUGGAGAUGGACUAUGCAAUUGUUCCACCAAAUUCUAGAGUUGAGGUUCAUUGUUUGCAUAGCUUGAAACAAGUUGACCUGAAAUGUGGAAUUGGUCACUUUUCAACUAUGAAUGGAUCUUCUAUUCACUUAAAUUGUUCUAUUAAGUGUGAUUACAAAAAUCGAUCUUGUUUUCUACGGGGAGGAGAUCUUGUGGCAGAAAGAAACAUGUUCUAUUUAAAGUGCCAAGGACUGCCUGGAAGUGUUUACAUUGACAGAGUUAAUGAAGUUGACCGAGAAGAAUGGAGCUCAGAAAGUGAUGUAUUGGGUGCUAAUAAAAAUAUCAAAGGGAAGAUGAUUACAAGAAAGCCUCAAAAUUCUUCAUUGUCAUCUUCAGAUGGGCCCUUUGUUACAAAUGAUGAAGAAACCAACAAUAAAAUCCUUCACAAUCUACGCAUCAGUGGGAAGUUAACUGAGGCAACAAGGUUGAUUGGUUUAAUGGCACGUCGUAAUCAAAUUCCUGACUUUCGUUCUUGCAUAAAUUUAAUCCGUGGCCUUGUUAAAUCUGAUCGGAUAGAUGAAGCUUCCAAGGUCCUUGAAAUCAUGGUCAUGUCUGGUGGGAUUCCAGAUAUUAUUACAUACAAUAUGAUGAUUCGUGGCCUCUGUAGGAGAGGACAUAUAAAAUCUGCCAUUAGUCUCUUAGACGAGAUGAGCCUGAGUGGUUGUGCACCGGAUGUGAUUAGUUAUAACACGAUACUUCGCAGCAUGUUUGAUAAUGGCAAAUUUGAGCAGGCUAUUGGGUUUUGGAAAGAGCAGCUGAGAAAGGGAUGUCCUCCGUAUUUGAUUACCUACACUGUUCUCAUCGAGUUAGUCUGCAAGCACUGUGGAACAGUACGUGCUAUGGAAGUAUUGGAAGAUAUGACUACUGAGGGCUGUUACCCUGAUAUUGUUAUCUACAAUUUGCUUGUUAAUUUCACUUGUAGACAAGGGAAAUAUGAGGAUAUAGCUAUGGUCAUUUACAAUGUAUUUUCUCGUGGAUUGGAGCCCAAUGAUGUAACUUACAACACACUCCUCCAUUCUCUCAGUAGCCGUGGGUGUUGGGAUGAAGUAGAUAAGAUUCUUGCAAUCAUGAAUGAAACCUCUCAUCAUCCGACAGUGAUCACUUCUAACAUUUUGAUCAAUGGUUUGUGUAAAUAUGGGCUUUUGGAUCGUGCCAUCAACCUUUAUAAUCAAAUGGUUUCCAAGAAUUGUUUGCCUGAUAUUGUAACUUAUAAUACUCUCCUAGGUGCUCUUUGUAAAGAGGGAAUGGUAGAUGAAGCUCUUCAAUUACUUCACUUGUUGAACGGCAGUUAUUGUUCUCCUAGUUUGAUCACCUAUAAUACUGUGAUUAAUGGAUUGGCUAAAAAGGGUUCUAUGGAGAAAGCAAUCGGAUUAUAUGGUCAAAUGAUGCAGAAUGGGAUCAUUCCCGACGAUAUUACUCAUCGUUCUUUGAUUUGGGGUUUUUGCCGGGCAGAUCUAGUUGAGGAAGCAGUAGAGAUACUGAGGGAGAUGGGUAAAAGAGGCCAUAGGAUCACAGAUAGUGCUUACAAGAUGAUCAUCCAUGGAUUAUGUAGAAGUAAGAAGCUGGAUAUGGCAAUACAAGUUCUAGAAUUAAUGAUCUCACGUCGAUCCAAGCCAGAUGAAGCAACCUAUUCCACUAUACUCAAAAGUGUAGCCGAAGCUGGAAUGGCAGAAGAGGCUAGCAAGUUGUGUCGAAAGUUGAUAGAAUGGAAGGUUCUUAAAGAAGGUACCACAUUAGAUUGAAGAAGUAUUUAAGCAAACUUCAAUCUGAGUAGAUGCUUUCUGGAAUCUUGAUAUCAGUGUUUUGCUGAAAGGUUAACAAAAUAUACGUUCUCAAAAUGUGUUUUCCCCUAUCUUUAUUCAAUUUUUGCCCAUUCACCCAUUUGCAAUUGCAAUUGUUCCAUCUGCAGAAGCAGCCACUUUCACAAAAUCCAUAAUUAAAUCAUUUGUUUUGAUGAGGAAUAUGAUGUUAGCUGCUUUUCCACGACGUCGAGAUAUGCAUUCCAUUUAAAUGGCUUGAACAUUUUCGGACUCAUUGUGAGCUAAAUUUUCUAAUGGCAAGGGAAUAUUUUCGGACUCACUUGACAUAUUAUUACGCAGAAAAAACAGAGCCCGUUUGAAAACACUAUCGUGAAAA